CAUUUACACCAGGGCUGAUGCAGAGCCUAGGGCUGACAGAAGCUAAGAAAACUUCAGAAAAGUUCUGCUGAACUUCGUCAGGUUGAUGAGAUGGACUUCGAUCAAAUGCACGUACCUGCCCUGGGUCGGCCCUUCGCUAUAGGAAUGCUGUAUGACGCUCGUCAAGAUCAACUGUUAGCAGACUUCAACUUGUGGGACAGAGAAACAAUUAAAAAAUUCACCAUAAGAAAGACCCAGAACAGCAGUGAUUAUGACACUAUUGCUUCAGACACUAUAGCAGCCAAGACUUCCCUGCUAAAGGCUGAUGAAUCUCUCACAGCCAGUGUUCUGAGUGGUCUAAUUGAUAUUGGAGCAUCUGCCAACUAUCUGAAUGAUAAGAAAGAGUUCAGGAACCAGAGCAGAGUCAUCCUUCACUACAAAGCAACAACAGCGUAUGAACGACUGGACAUGAACCACCAAGAUGCCAAGAAACUGCAAGCAAGAGAUGUCAUCAAAUAUAGCCAUGCAACACAUGUUGUCACAGGCAUCCUUUAUGGCGCGAAUGCCUUCUUUGUGUUUGACAGUGAAAGGUUAGACAGUAGCAGUCUGCUCAGCAUGGAGGGAAGCAUGCAAAGCUUGAUAAAGAAGAUCCCAAAGCUGGAUCCUAAGGGAAACAUGGUCAGAAAUCUCAGAGAGGCAGAAAAAAGUGUAAUGGAAAAAGUCUCCUGUAAAUUUUAUGGAGAUUUCAUUCUGGAAAGGAAUCCUACAACAUUUGAAGAAGCAGCAGAAACCUUCAGAAACCUUCCAGGGCUUCUUGGAAAAGAUGGAGAGAAAUCAGUUCCUGUUAAAAUCUGGCUGUCUCCUCUGAAGAACCUGGAUUCAUCUGCAGCUCAGCUGAAGGGAAGCAUUUCUGAUGUUGUACUCAAAAAAGCUGAAAAUGUUUGGGAAGGUAUCAGAGAAAUACAAAUGCGAUGCAAUGAAAUUCAAGAAAGAGAAGAAAUUAAGAUAUUUCCACAGAUUCAGAGAACGUUAAAAUCUUUCCAGGAUCUCUGUGCAGAUUACAUGAAAACCGUCCAACAGACCAUGCAGGAGAAAAUUCUCCUUAUUCGUGAAGGGGAAGAAGAAGAAGAAGAAGAGGAAUCAUUAGAAAACUUCGUAGAUCAGCAGGAAAACUCUCCCUUCAACAAGAAAAACUUAAACAUAUGGCUUGAUAAUUUAGACAGAGAAAUCAACGUCAUUGCCUCCUGUUUGGACAUAAUGAAGGGAAUCAAGAUCAUCCCAGAGAAGUCAGACUUAGAUAGAGAAGUAUUGAGUGUAGAAAAUGCCCUCUGCUUUGUUUUUACCUCGAUUGAAAUGAGUGACGCCUACAUGGACCAGAUGGCCAGUUAUUUAAAAAAAACUCAAAACUUUGUUACUCCACCUGCCAAAGACCAGUGGUUCUUCUCAGAUGAGGUCUUAGAAAACAUCAAAGAGAAAGCAAACAUGAUUGCAGAAACAGCUAAAGGCCUUAGGAGCAGCGGCAGAUUUCAUUUUCUUGUAACAGCACUGCCAAAUCAGGGGUUGAAAGGAGCAACUAUCUACCAUUACAGUAAAGGCGUUUUGAAAACCAAAGACUUUGCAAAACCUGCCAUUCUUCGAGUGAGAAAUGUAACGGAUAAACAAGAUCUAAUGUGGUACUCCUGUGAUCUCACCUUGGACCCAGAAACUGUGAAUGGCUACCUCACUCUCUCUGCUGGAGACAAGAAGGCAACGAGUGGAUCCUGGGAAAAAUAUCCCAAAACAGAGAAAAGAUUUGAUUGGUAUCCCCAAGUUUUGUGCCGGGAAGGUCUAAGAGGCUGUCAUUACUUUGAAGUAAAGUGGAGCAGUGAAAAGAAUAAAGAUCUCGGCAUAGGCCUUGCAUAUGAAAGCAAUCCAAGGAAAGGAAAUCGUAAGUCUACUGGAUUUGGGUAUAAUGAUGUUUCCUGGUACUUUGGAGUCAAUGACAACGUGCUCCGUGCAUGGCAUGGUUUUAGGAAGGAUGAGCAAUUGAGUCUUCCUACUGGAUGCAACAAAAUUGGGGUGUAUUUGGAUUGGCCAGCAGGCACUUUGUCUUUCUACACAGUCUCCUCUGACACAUUGACCCAUCUGUUUACCUUUGAGAAGAGAUUCACUGAAGCACUUUACCCAGGUUUCUACAUCUAUGAAAAAAACAACUUUGCUAUGUUCUGUCCAGUUUAAGGGGAACUGCAUGGAUUUACAUAAAUGUGAUGCAUUUCCACUAAAUGCAACAAGUAACAAAAUAAUAAGUAGUUGAUGGCUAUAAAGCUAAAUGUCUAAGCUAAACAAACUAAAUAAGGCUUAAGAUAUGUUGCAGGCAGUUCAUAUGAUGCACAUACAAAGGAUAAAAGCACACAAUUUAAUUUCCAUGACAUGUUUUUUUUUUGUACAAAACCAAAAGAGAAAAAAAACUCCACAAUCCAGAUGCCAAUGAUAGAUAUUUCAUUAAUUUAGGAUACUUUUAUGUAGUAAUUGAUAAGAGAUUCCAAAACACUCAGCAAGGAUUAAAGCAAGGAUUUAAAGAGAAAAAAAGAUUGAUCUAGAUUUAAAUGAAUUGCAUACAGCCGUAGUCUCUAGUUUAAAAAGGCAGUCUCUUGUUUUUGUUUUUAUUUUUUAUCCAGUUCAUAUAUUUUUUAGGUGUAUAAAGUAAUCAUAAGCCAAAUAAGGGAAGAUGGUACCAGUUAAAAUUUUUAGACCACAAUCUGGGUCAUUAACAAUUUUUAUGGAAAGAUGGUAAUUUCCCGUGUAUUUGAAUACUGAAACAUUCUAUUUCCUAAUUCAAGUUUUAGUUGUGCUGUGGCUAUAGACUUAUAGAGACAUUAUGUAAGUUUUGUACAGAAAAAUAUCUUUUUGAUAUAUAUAAUAGCCUUUUUAUUUUACCCUUUACAACUAAAACCAGCUGAUCAGCAGACUGACACCUCAGCAGUUCUGCAUCUCUAAGCCUGUAGCCUAUUUGACUAAAUUUACAUUGGGUUGGAAGUUUGGAGGAUGUGACUUCAAGUUGAAUGGGUUAACCCUAGCAAACAAAGCGUUAUUUUCAUGAUGGGUUUUGUGAAUAAUAAGAAGUGACCAGCACCCAGCUCAACUCAGACACUGAUAAAAACUCUAGGUAAGGUGAAAAAAGUACAAGAACGAGCAGAAGAGUGCUGCAGUUCUGUUUUUUGGCCACAGGUGGCAGUAUUAUUGGAAAACUCUGCAGUGCCUGUUUAAAGUCUAGAAUUUCAUCUUUCAUUUGAAGAUGUAGUGACUAUUUGUACAAAACUAAAAUAAAAAUAAAAUAAAAAAUAAGACUUAAAGGUGAUCAAAACAAAAGGUGAAUUCAACUCAAAUAGCCACUUGAUGCACUGUGGAUUUUGGCUUACAUAGUCCAAAAAAAGAUUUAAAAAAAAAA